AAGGGUAGCCACACUGUCUCAGUCAUGAUCUUAUCUUUAUUUUUCAGCUGAGAGAGUUGGCAGGGAAAAAAUUGUUAUGUAUUCAUCUGGGAUCUAACAUGAAAGUGAAAGUAAAGGUGCAGGAUAUGACCGCAGCGAUGGCAUGUCCACGUUGGGCCUGGCGUGUUGCUGGUGUCUGGGAAACCCCCCAGCCAGUCUUGCUGCUUGCAGAUCUCGGGGCCUGUUACUCAAGCUCUUAGCAUCAGCAAGACCCUUACGGCUAAAACCAUAUACCACGAGUCAGGGCUGUGUUAGAAAGCACUAGGCAGACAGUAUGCCCAGGGAACAAGAAGCUGCUUGGGGAGGGCCCUGGAGUGCUGUCACAGCUUUGGCUGUGGCGAUGCUCCUGUCUCCCAGGAGGCAGCCUGGCAUGAGCUCACCAGUAUAGCUGAUGAAUUGUGAGACCAAUUAGCAAAUGCUGACUUUUUUGGCCCAACAACCAAUUCUGCUGCUCUCAGAUGUCGGCAAAAAAGGAAGGGAAUAGCCGAUUCUGCAUUCAGGGUACAUAAUGAGCUUCAGGUGUACCAGGGAGCUGCAGGCUGGAGCUGGGGAGAGCGUUACAAGCCUAAGGACAGUGGUGCCUUAGCACGGGCUCUGUGGGUAAGAGACACAGAUGCAGGACAGGGGGAUGGAGAAGCCAACUCCUGAAGGCCCCUUCGCGACGUAUAUGCCAAGGAGGCUGGAGCUGCACUGUGUGUGCUAUUAAAAGCCGAUGGAUCUGCAGCCGGGGAAUUCCAGGAGCCAUCUAGCUCCGGAACAUAAGCAGAAUUCCCGCCCCUGUCCCAACUCUUCCCUCCGCCUCCUCUCGUCAUCAAGAAAUGCGGGCGGGGGAGCUAAAUAAAAGCUGAAGUCCCAGGUCAGGGCUUCAGAAUCCUGGAAUGAGCUGCAGCAGCUGCAUUGCUCCAGAGGAUGCAGUAGGCAGUCAGGAGCAAAAACUACUGCCUCUGUGUACCAUUCCUGCUGCCAACCACGGGAACAUGAAGGUUGCUUCUUACCAGAUCCUGCUUGUGCUGAGUGUCUUGUGCCUGGUCACCCCGGCUGGAGGUCAACCCAAAGCACCUCUAAAGUGUUCGAAAGUGUGUCGCCACUUUACGCGCACCAUACCUGAGAAACGGAUAAAGAGCUACCGCAGGACUGAACCCCAGUGUGCCAAACAAGCCAUCAUAUUUAUUACACAGGCUUCCUUAGAAAUUUGUGCAGAUCCAGACACAGAGCCGGUGAAAAAGAUUGUACGGAAACUGGACCAGAAAAAGGCCUCAGCAGCAUCACCACUUCCACACGCUGCCACUUCAGCAGCAGUUCCAGAAAAGCCUGGCAUUUUUCACAAACACAUCGGUCUUACAGUAACAGUUCCAGCUCAAGCCACUGCUGCAACUACUCUUUUCCAAGGGACUGGCACAACAAUUUUGGAGAGAACGCAUGCUCCUGCUGCCAUGACAGAGGUGACCAGCAAAUCUACACCAGCCAUGCAGAGCACCACACAGUUCUCCGCAGGAUCGUCCCCUGGGACAUGGGAAAUUGCUGCACACUCUGAAGUCAGUUCAGAAGCAAACAGAGACUCCUUAAAAUCUGCACAUUCAACAAUUUCUGCAGCAGGCAUGGUCUCCAGUCAGCCUAUCUUAUAUCCCACAGCUCUUGUGCAUGGCUUUGACAAUACAGUAGGAUUUACAGAAGAACCUGUAGGAUAUGCUGCAAGUGUUACAGCUGAUGUUCAAGACACGUCUUCUCCUAGCUCAAAUUCAGACCCUGUGUCCAUUACUAAAGGAUUGGACCAUCCUGUACUUUCUACAGAUGAAUCCCUGGACCUAACAAGUGCAAGAGCCAACGCAUCAGACACUGCUUCUAGGAGUUUUAAUUCAGAUCUCCCCUCCAUCCUAAACAGCAUGGAGAUCGGCUCAGCCCCAGCCACACCUGUUCCACCAGAGACUACUUCAAUUUCUACUCUAAACCCCACAACUGCCGUAGACAAAGGUCCUCCUGUCCAUACCAACAAAAUUUUCAGUUCCUCUGCAGAUGCUGUUGGUACUAGAACAUUCGAUUAUCCAUUGCCCUUAGGAAAGCAAGAUCUUCCAGGUACGUUAGUUUUCACUAGUCAAACAUUCUCAGGCCAAGCCAGAGCGCAGAUGACUACAAAAAGGCCACAUGAUCCACCUUCACUCAGCUUCCUGCCAAGGUCUCAAGCACACUUUAUCAUCCCAGUCUCCCUGGUAGGUGGACUGAUUGCUUGCAGUGUUGCUGCUGUAUGGCUAUACACAAAAUUUAGAGUCAGAACAGAAACAACGUCAAGAGACAUGGUACAAGGCUUGCUCUACAAGAAGGAGGGACAUCAAAAUAAUGUCUAUCUAAUGCAAAUAAUCUGAGUGCUUUAUGGAAUGGACAUUUUUGGCCUAGAACAUAUGUGUGUUGCUGCCAGAAAGCUAAGCUUGCGCAGAGCUAGUGACCAGUACGAAACAGUACAGGAAAUAAAAAUACCUAAGAAAACAGAUUUUGUAGGAGCAGAAUGUCCAAAAAUUUAUCUAAGUUGUCAUUGAUCAAUGACAACUCACAUAUUUUAGAAAUAUGUGAGAAGCUUUUUUCUCUGGCACUGUUACAUGAACAGGAUAUUGCUCUACUAGUGCUGCUUGGUGGCUGUUUGCCAGGUGGUGGGCAGAAAGUAAUAUCUGAGUUGCUCUUGGGAAGUUUUCUGCAUUUCAUCAUAACCUAGCUGAGAAGCCACCCACUCACUCACCCACACUACUGGACUCAGGCUCUGCCACCUUGAGCAAUCUUAACACAAAAACACUGAUUUUGCACUUACAAACUCUCUGCUGCUUCUUUCUUUGCACUUCAGGUCACUGCUCUGUCAGACCUUGACCGAUGUUGGCAGUCAGUGGGAGCUGGCUCUCCUUCAGCUGAUUAAACACCCCAUUUAAUUGGGUAUCUAAUGGCUAGAGCCAGCAGUGUAGUCUAGCUUUCAGACAGAGGUGGCUAAAACAGAAUCUGAUUUUUUUCUGUAUGUAGGGGACUGAAAGUCAGUGUUACAGAUUUUACUUUCAGAGGUGCUUGCACUCACGGUCUAUCUCCUCCUCAAAGUCAGGCCGCUUUUCUCUCCAACAGGUAAGGGCAUUUCUUCUCACAGAUUUAGUCUGAGACCUGAUUCUUGACAAAUCAACUGCAAUAAAACCCUUUCUUCCAGAUAAUGUACCCUGUGUCCAGAUGCAUCCAAAACAAAGGCAGGAUAAUGUGGAUAAGCCUUUGUAAAUGAGAGAAAAUCUGGAAGAAGUUGCCAGAGGCUCUCAAUAAUUUUGCUAUUACCGUGUUGUAAUGUUUUUUGCUGUACUCUGCUGUUCAGCAAGCACAAAAACCAGAAAAUACACUCCUAGAAUACCUAAAUGCAAUUCUGGAUUCAGUAAUUAUAGCAAUUACUACAGCACAGCAGAAUUACCUUCCUUCCCAUUCCUUAUUCUCUCUAGAAAUAAGCACAUUUGGUGAUCCAGAAAAAAAGCACGAAAUCCCCAUUCAUGAUCCUACACUUCAGCCCCAUGCUAGUUCUUUGUAUAUAGCACAGAUUACCAGGCUAUUAAAGCACUGUAACAGUA